AUGCACAGAACCUACUCUUUGAGAGCUCAAAGAGCGCCAACUGCUUCGCAAAUACAAAGCCCACCACCACCAACUUCUUCUACCCGGUCUAAGUUUUUUGGUAAGGCAUCAAUUGCGUCUUCUUUCAGAAAAAAUGCUGCUGGAAAUUUCGGACCAGACUUGGCUCGCAAGUUGUCGCAAUUGAUCAAGACUGAAAAGGGCGUUUUGCGUGCUUUGGAGGUCGUUGCCAGCGAGCGCAGAGAGGCUGCCAAGCAGCUUUCUUUGUGGGGUCUGGACAACGAUGACGAUGUGUCCGAUGUUACCGACAAAUUGGGUGUCCUUAUCUACGAAUUGGGUGAAUUGCAGGACCAAUUCAUUGACAAGUACGACCAAUACCGUAUCACUUUAAAGGGUGUCCGGAACAUCGAAGCGUCUGUACAGCCUUCCAGAGACCGCAAACAGAAAAUCACUGAUGAGAUCGCUCGUUUGAAGUACAAGGAACCCAACUCCACAAAGAUUCCUGUCCUUGAACAAGAGCUCGUGCGUGCUGAGGCUGAGUCCUUGGUUGCCGAAGCCCAAUUGUCCAACAUCACAAGAGAAAAAAUUAAGGCCGCUUUCAACUAUCAAUUCGACUCCGUUCGUGAGUUGGCUGAGAAAUUCGCCCUUAUUGCUGGUUACGGUAAGGCCCUUCUAGAGCUCUUAGACGACUCCCCUGUUACUCCUGGUGAGACAAGACCUCUCUACGACGGGUACGAUGCUUCCAGACAAAUUAUCAUUGAUGCCGAAAACGCUUUAGAGGGCUGGACAUUGGAUGCCGCUGCAGUCAAGCCUACUCUCUCAUUUCAUCAAACAGUCGAUGAUGUUUACGAUGAGGAGGAAGGUCAGGAGCUUGACACUGCUCACGCUGAGGAGCAAUGGGCUGGUGAGCACGAAGGUGGUGAGGAAGAGUUAGAAGCCACUGCUAGAGAUUAG